AAUAUUGCGGCUGGUCGAGUACAACUGUACAAGUACAUAAAUUGAAGAAAAAAAAGCAUUCCCCAGGCCCAGUCCUCCAUUGCUAGGGUUUUGAUGUACAGUAGUUGAGCUUGAAUCUGAAUGAUCCACCACAGAAAGGAUGGACAUGGAAGGGUUUUACGAAAUUGAAGCAGUAGCCAGAUUCAUACUCACCCGUGAUUUCCGCAGGGUUGCUUUGCAGUUCCCUGACGAGUUAUUAAAGGAAUCAACAAGAGUGGUUAGGGCAUUGCGCGAAAAGCUUCAUGUGCUAAAAAAGUCAACUGGUGAAAGAGACAGAGAUGUUAGGGAUAUUGGGUUAUACGUAAUGGGGGAUACCACAUAUGGAAGCUGUUGUGUUGAUGAGGUUGCCGCAUCUCACAUUCAUGCUGACUGUGUUAUUCAUUAUGGUCAUACAUGUUUAAGUCCGACAUCAAAUCUUCCUGCAUUUUUUGUUUUUGGAAAGGCUUCCAUCAGUGCAUCUAAUUCUGCAGAAAGUUUAUGUAAAUAUGCGUCGGCUAGUGGGAAGCCUAUUUUGGUCCUCUUCGGGCUAGAAUAUGCAUAUGCGAUGGAAGAGAUCAAAGAAAUAAUAGCUCAUGAAUCAUCAAAAUUAUGCGGGUCAACAACUAUAUUAGAUAUUCAUUAUGCUGACGUCAUAUGCUCGAUUAUGAAUCCAACAGGAAAAUCUGAAACCUCGGAUGAACAUCUUGAAUCAUUUAGCAUCUCUACUUCCGAUGGAUGUAGUGGCAAGACUACUGCUACGAGUUAUAACAUUGGAGGUUUGGGUUGGAGUGUUCCCGAGGGCAGCAGAAUAGAGGAUUACACACUCUUUUGGAUUGGUUCUGACAACUCAGCAUUUGCAAGUGUUGUGCUGACAUUCAAUGGUUGUGAAAUAGUUAGAUACGAUGCCAAAGAAAAUCACAUUAUUACUGACUUCACUCAACAGAGAAGAAUUCUGAAGCGUAGAUAUUACCUUGUCGAAAAAGCAAAGGAUGCAAGCAUUGUUGGAAUUCUUGUGGGAACUCUUGGCGUAGCUGGUUACCUUCGCAUGAUUCAUCAGAUGAAGGAAUUGAUCACAGCUGCGGGGAAGAAAGCUUACACAUUGGCUAUGGGAAGACCAAAUCCUGCCAAACUAGCUAAUUUUCCGGAGUGUGAUGUUUUCAUCUAUGUCUCUUGUGCACAAACUGCUCUUCUGGAUAGCAAAGAGUUUUUAGCUCCUGUUAUUACCCCUUAUGAAGCAAUGCUUGCGUUUAGCAGGAAUACACAAUGGACAGGAGCAUAUGUAAUGGAAUUUCAGCAGUUAAUAUCUUCAACUCAGACGGGAGUAAGAAGCCCAUCAAAAGAAGCAAGGUUUUCAUUUAUUCAAGGUGGAUAUGUUGAAGACUCUGACCUGCAAGAGAUUUGUGAUGAAGAAGACGAGGAUAGAGCUGUUGCGAUAGUGAAUAUCAUGGAGAAAGCUCUGCAGGUUCGUGAUAAGGGCCCUCAAUACCUGGUCAAGGGAGCAGCAAAAUCUGGACCGGAGUAUUUUGCAACCCGAUCUUUUCAAGGUCUCGAGAUUUACGGAAAGAGUUCUUUGCCGGAACCGCUUUUGAUCGGAAGAACUGGCAAAGCAUCGGGAUAUGAGGAUGAGAGAUGAAGGCAGCAGCUUUGUUACAUCAGGUGACAUGGAAGCUGGAUUAAUAUGCAAGGGCAGAGCAUAACAGAAAUGAACAUCAACCUUCAACUACUGUAUAAUUCACAGGCCUGCCUUUUCUGUUUUUUAUAUUUUUUGGGGUGUGGUAGUAACUAAAUGGUGGUAUGGCCUUAUCCUGAGUUUGAUUCUCCCUAACCCUGGAUUCCCCGAGAUUUAGUAGAACAUAUACUACAUCGCAAGGCAUAUAAAAAGAGAUGCUGUUAUAUAUUUGUCUUUAUUAUCUACCAAA